AUGAUGGUCACCCAAGAACAAAUCACGAGCUUCAUUCUAGCGCUAGGCCUAACCCAAGACAAGGCCUCGCAGAUACAUCAGCGCAGUGUGACCGGUUGUAACUACACUGAAGAGGUCUUGAGCAGCCUCGGCUCGCGGCCUCGCCUGAACGCCUCUGCAGUUUUCACCCCAGAGAACACGGAACAAGUUGCCUCUGGUGUCAAGAUCUUCGAGUUCUUCCAGAGACAGUUCGCCAUCCGAGGCUUGGGCUUUACAUCCAACCCUGGAGCGGCCGGUAUUGAAGAUGGUGUGCUUCUUGCCCUGGAGAAGAUGAACAACAUCUCACUUACUCCGUCCAAGGAUGUCGCUAGUCUUGGCCCAGGUAAUAACUGGGGCCGAGUGUAUAGCACGCUCGAAAGCCAGGGGGUCACAGUCUCUGGAGGCGAGCUUGCAGUUGUUGGCAUCUCUGGCCUCUUGACUGGUAAUGGCUUUGGUAGUUUCCUCGGAAGCCGCGGAUUUUCCAGCGCUGAUAUUGCCAACUUUGAAGUCGUUCUCAGCGGCGGGAAGGUCGUCACUGCUAACGCGAGUGAAAACUCCGAUCUCUGGUGGGCUCUCAAAGGCGGCUCCAACAACUUCGGCAUUGUUACUCGUUUUGAUAUGAACACCUUCCCCAUUCCGAACGGAAUCUUCUCUGGCACCAUCUCGUACGACCUGAGCCAAGCCAACGCUGCCCUCGAUGCGUUCUAUGAGAUCCAAAAUGGAGCGCUGCUCGACGACCCACAGCUCGUGGUCACCUGCAUGGAGAUGAUCAUCCCCGCAAUCAACCUCACUACCAUUGACCUCACCUCUUUCACCGGCAAGGUCAACUUCACAGGUUCUUAUCCCACGGCGCUUCAGCCUCUGAUUGAUGUCGGUCCCAUUGCAACAAACUUUUCUCGCAACACCCUCACCGUCGAGGCAUCCAAGGCUGUGACACCCGAGUUCUCGGCUGUUUAUACCCAACGUAUUGCUCGCGGGAAUAUCAACAUCAAAGCGGACCAGGAGCUCUACAAUGAGAUCUCUGAACUGUUCUUCUCCCACUACGCAUCUUCGACUCUUGCUGACCACACCAUCGGCCUUUCCUGGAACCCCGUCACUCCCUACGCCGUACAAGAGUCCAACAGAAAGGGCGGCAACGCAGGUGGCUGGUUGGAGGUCAACCAGAACUCGCUCAACUUGAGAACGAGCUGGGGCAAUGCCGACAACGACGCGGCAGCCCUUCAGAUGGACGCUGACUUCUUGGCCAAGGCCACAGAGCUGGCUCGUAAGCGCGAUGCUCGGAUGCCGAAUCAGUGGAUGAACAACGCUGCGGAGACCGCCGAUGUCAUCAGCACUUACGGAGAGGGGAACGUCAAGAGGAUGAAGUCUAUCUCACAGAAGUACGGCAAGGAGGGAACCUUUCAACAUCUUGUCCCUGGCGGUUAUAAGCUGGGCGCCUAG